AUUCCUUAAACAAUAAUCUAAUAUGUAAAUCAUCUAAGUAAAUAGUACAUUAUCUGUUUAUUUUUUGUUAUUAUACUUAUUGGUUUUUUACUUCUUAUACACCUACUAAGAAGAUGUAUUUUUGCAUCCUGGGAUGAAAAUAACUUGGAAAAAGGGCCAUCACACCAUUUUAUAUCAAACAAUGUUGCCAAACUGAAAAAAUAUUAAAAGCCUAUGUUUCAAAAUACGGCAUGAACAGAUAAAAACAAACUCCUCGCUCGCUCGCGCUUGUAAUUCGCAGUCGCAGCUGUCACUGUAGCGGGAACUAAAACACUGAACAGAUAUUAUCUUUCCAAAAAUAAAAUCAUUAAAUCGAUGAAAAAUUAACUAAAGUAAAAUCAAUUUGGAAAAAUGUUUGAGUGGGCGUAUAGUGGAGCAAAUAAAGCGGUUCCUAGAAAUGUGGGUCCGGAAUGUGCUUAUUUCUUGUCCACGAAAAGACAAAUAAUCGAAACUGUAAUUGUAGUCACUAUUUGUGUAUAUAUUUCCAUAAAAACCUAUCCUAAAUUAUCCAUACCACAAGAUACAAAUUAUGUGAAGAAUGACAGAGGUGGAAAAAGAUUAUUAGUAAUACUUUUGGCUUUGCUUUGGGGCAUGGAGAUCGGUUUUAAAUUUGCGUCGCGAACCGUUAUAUAUUUGUUAAAUCCUUGUCAUGUAACUACACUGAUACAGAUCUAUUUAUUGGCAGCUCCGCCAAGCAAAACAGUUACUGGAUUAUUUCGUAUACACCUAAACUUGUUAAAUGGACCACUGUUAGCAUUUUUGUUUCCUGAAACAGCUUCAAGGAAGAUAUUUGCUGAAGCUGCUCUGUACUGGAUUCAACAUGGAAUGAUGUUUGUGAUACCUUACUACUUGCUGAGAAUUGGUGGCCCAUACAACAUAGAACCGUUUUGGGACUUCAAUUGGGCAAUAUUCAGCUAUUGUUUGAACCUGAUUUAUCACUUUGUGGUGCUACAAGUAAUAGCUAUACCUGCUCAAGUGAACCUUAAUCACAUGCUAUGUCCAGCUAUACUAGAUCCAUUUGAUGGGCCGUGGUUCAGAGUGGCAGCAGUGGUCCACCAGGCUCUGCUUUGUCCUUUGCUAUGUAAAAUAUUCUGUCUGGUCUCAGACUUCUGCCUUACAAAAUUCCCACCUACAAAAGUAAAGCCUCAAAUGAAGGAUUCUCUGCUGGACAGCAGUUUGAUCAAACAACCAAUUGACUACCACCACGAGGACUAGUAACAGCUGCAGUUGGUGCAUCUCCUCAGGGUAGGUAAGAACUAUAAUACAAAAUGCCUUUUGAGUUGGAGAACAAUAUUUCAUCGCGUCCAUUUGGUUUUGGUGGUUAAUAAAUUAAUAAGCUAAAUAAUAUUAUAGAUUAUAAACUUUUGCAAAGAUUUUUGUGAUGAUAUUUGUUGGUAUUAGAUCUGUAACUAUAUUAUAGACAUUGUUUAAAAUUAAAUCACGCCUUCAAUAUGUAUAAGUAUUUGGAUGUUGGGUUUAUGUAAUUAUGGCUAGAUGGCCUAAUAAAACAUGUGUGGGUCUUAUUCAUAUUGUCAAUUUUAUAGCGGUAUUUGAUUACUUUCCAAAUUGUUUUUGGUUUUAACAGUGCAAAAAUAAAUUAAUAAAUCUGAUAAAAAACAGUUUAAACCUUAAUCGUGAAUAAGACCCACCUUAAGUUUAUUGUUUGUGUGGGUUACAUUAAAACAAUAUUUUAUUAUGGUUAGGUUACCUAUAGUAUUAUCGUAUUAACGAACAUAGAUUAAUAAUUAUUACAAAUAAUUAACAUAGGUUACUAUUUAAAUUGCGAGAUGCACAGGUUUGGACCAGUUGAUAAUAUCUAAACCGAAAAUGUCAUUCUACAGUAAUUAAUGCGGCCUUUUUAAUGAUUGCCGAAUCAACCAUAGAGCGAUACUAUGGAUGGCGUUAAAUAUAUUCGCACUAAUUCCUGUCUCGCGGAAACGAACCCAAAAAAAAAGUGAUUUCUAGUCCCGAAGGAGUCGAAUAGCACGUACUAAUAUAAUGUAGGAAGGUUUGAUGAUAUAUGUACCAAGAAAUUUGGCGUAAAUAUUAACAAUAAUUAUUGUAGAUAAAUCAUACGCAACUGACCACUUAAUAUUCCUGUUUCUAAUUAAGUAUUUAAGUAAAACUAAUUAGGUACUUAGUAAGGGUUGAUGUUGAUAUUAUCAUAUCACCCUCUUUGACUCUAUUAGCUUGAAAGGCAGGCGAAUACUAUAACCGUGAGGUAGCCAGCGGGUAAGCGCCGACCUUGCAUUUCUUGCUCAAAGUGAAGUAGCUUAGUUGCAAAGCCUUUGCACUUUGAAGUUUAUUUCAAUAAUAGAUUAAAAUUGUAGUUACCUACACUUUUCACGAAUUGUAUUGAGUGCUUUAGUGCAUUGUGCACGUUUGCAUCCAAUUCUUAAAGAGUGGUUUGGCAAUUAGAAGGCCAAUAAAUGUACGAAAACAAGUAGUUUUCUUAUUAAAUAAAAUUUACCCGAUAGGGCGUGGAAACGAUAAGAUGAUCCUAUUGUAAUUGUCAAAGGAGCCAAUUCAAAAUCUUGUCAAUAGCUUUCUUGCCCCUAAAAGCCGAUUUCUUUGUUAUCUACGCAUUUACAUAAAUGCAAAAAUAUGGCCUAAAAGUAGACAACGACGAAAUGCAUAAGUAAUAAUAAAACCUAUUGCUGACUUUACUGGCUUUUUAUAAGAAUACAUCUAAUAUAUACAUCGUUUUAUUUCAAUGACUUAAUUUAUUUGACGACUAAUAAUAACAAGUAUCUACGUUAAUAGUUACCUAUACCUACUCUUUUAAUAUUUAUGUGGCCAUGGAUAAUAAAAUUGACGUGUGUAGUAUAUCUUGGUAUUUAAAAAAUACUGUUCUUUGUUUCAUUACUUUAAAAUGUGUAACAUCUUUAACUUAAAAGGUAAAGGGAGAUACGGUUGUGACUGUGAGUAAUAUGAAGAGUAAUGCCUUUAUACUGUGGUAGUAGGUACGGUACCUAAUUAUCUAGGUAAUUUUAGGAUGUUAUAACCAUUUGGAAUAAUUAUAAUAUUUAUUUAAUCUAAACUUGGUCACAUACCAAAGCCAAACUAUGCGAUGCCUGCGCUAACUAAUAACGUUGCGUGUUCUUUUUGGAGGUAGGUAACUUAGAUAUUUUCGUGUCUGCUAUAAGAAAAAGUAAAAUACAAUCAGUAACUAACAGCUAAACCCAAAUUAAAUUUACUUAUUAAUAAUCUCUAUACUCUACUACACUCGAGUCUCUCUAGACUCAACUUGUAGUGAAGUCAUAGAAUAUUAUUAAUGCGAAUUUGCUUCCGAAUUUUCCGUAUUGAUUUGACUUGCAAAUGUUUAAAAUGUAUGAGAUAAUAAAUUAUUUAAUUAUCAUCUUAUAAAUGAACGAUAAUGCGAUAAGUCUUCUCACUAUUGUUUGAUUGAAGGUAUGUUAAUACUUAAAUGUUUACCUUAUAUUAUGUUAGUAAUGAACGUGGACUUUACCAUUUACGUCAGACUAUUGUUUAAGUACCAACCUAAUAAAUCGUAUGCCAUUUGGUACAAAAUUAUUUUAAUGGAAAGAAAAGCCUAUUUUUAACCCAUUUAGACCUACCGUACCAUAUACGGUACACUUGUUAUAUUUUUUUUUUGCAGGUACUCGCAUAAUAUUUUUAAUAUUAUUUGGUAUUUAUGUCGAAAAGAA